GAAGUUGUCAAAUUGGAAUGCACCCGACGCCACGGAAACCGGAAGACGUCGGGUUGUUGUCAGCAACAACUGCUGUCUGUUAUUAACAUAUUUCCUUAUCGCUUGAGGUAAACAAUGUGUCCAGGGUUUAGAGUCUGGACAUCGGGAGAAUCCUCCGUCGUUUACAUGAGGAGUUCGUAGCGAGUUUGUGUUUUUUCUCGUUUCUUCUUUCUUUCUUCGUUGUUGGCGGAGCGGGAAAUUUAAAAACAUCGCCCCGCUGGGCUUCCGUAGCGCGACAACAACACGACGCCUCAUCCUCAACAAAACACCUGUACGUUAUGAUGUCGUCAUGAGGACGUUCUCCUGGGUACCGGGUGAGAGCGGGCUGGAAGACGUGUCCACCUGCAGCUCUGAUGCCGGCAACGUCCUUAUCCGCUCAACCACUACAGUCCUGUCCACCCGAUCUCACCACCAAGACCAGUCCAAACCCAGCCACCCAGACCAGUCCAACCCCAGCCAUCCAGACCAGUCCAAACCCAGCCCCUCAGACCAGUCCAAACCUAGACCCCCAGUCCGAGUCCACCCAGGGAUCAGGAAGCCUGGUCAGCGACCACAGACGUCAAAAAAGGACAAGCUGAAGCCAGGGACUAGUCGGUCGAUGGUUGACCAUCUAGUACUGACGAACCAGUCUCCUAUACUGGUGGACCAAUCUCGAGUACUGAAGGAAAAGUCUCCUUUACUGGUGGACCAUCCCCCAGUACUGACGGACCAGUCCCCAGUACAGACGGACCAGUCCCCAGUACAGACGGACCAGUCUCCAGUGGUUCUGUUUUCAGGUCAGGAGGUUCUCACGGCUAACCACCCUUUCCAAGGCCUCCAACACAGGUCCCACAGCGCCCCCAGGCGGCUAGAGGGGGAGGUGCAGUUCUCGGAUCCCGUCCCUAACCCUGAGACUGGCUGUCUGUCGUCAUGCCAACAGGGAGCUGUUACCGCGGCGACGCUAGCCGCUACAGCACCUCUGAUCCAAGCUCAGAGUCAGUUGGAGUUCCGGGUUUCCCAGCUGACGGAUGCUUUGAGGAGGUUCCAGGAGAUGAAAAGCCCUCAGGAUGAGCUGAGCUGCAGAAGCUCAGAUCAUCUGCUGCACAGACUGGAGAUCCUGCAGAACCAGCACCUGCUGCUGCAGAGGCACCUUCUGGACUCCACCUGCAAGAUGAGCAUAGGCCACGCCCCCGUGACCCCUGACCCCCCCUCGACCCUUCACCUUUCCCCUCCUGCUGCACCUGCUCACUCAGGUCAGGCCUGGCCCCUCCUGACCAAUCAGAGAAGACCAACCAAACACAUGUCCAGCCAUAGUCCCGGGACCUCCAAGGAAACCAAGGACCUCCGCCCAGCAGGGACAAGGAGAGGAGCGUCAAGGGUUCCCAUAUCAACCAGACGUGUUUCAGGAAGUCGGACCCAGCGGGCCAAUCAGGUGAGGAAGGAACCAUCCAUCUGACUAGGGAGA